AGUGGAUUCUUGGGGAAGGCAGCUCUGGCUGCAGCGCUUCUCGUCGACGGGGACGCGCGGUUGGAAGCAGCAAAUCCAGCAAGGGCUACGGGCAGAACAUGCAUCACGACACGACUGUGUCCUGCCCUGAUUUCUCCAUCAACCCUUGCGUGGCGCCGCGUUUCGGCUGCGAAAGGACUUGACUUUAGAAACAAAAUCCAAACCACAUCACCAUCCAUCACGUCACUUCAAUUCAACGCGCCUGGCUUUAACCCCAACUUCAUGCGGCUUCGAACAAGCCAUCUCCCGAGCUCCAGACAAUCGCCCAUCGCGUCACGCACUCUCUCGCACACGCAGCCUGGCCCCUAAGACCACGACGCCGCGAUGGACGACGAUGCGACAGCGUCCCACUCGGACCUCCAGAUGGAGGACGUCGGACACGGCGGCAACGACAGAUCCAAGGGCUCGUACAAGUCAUGGAAGAAGAAGUACAGAAAGAUGCGCGACAACUUCGACCGUAAGAUGCGCGAAAGCGAAGAGCUGUACCGCAGGGAGCAAAAAGCCAUCGACACCAACAAACGCAUCGCCAUUGAGAUUGAUCGUCUCCUGGACAUGCUCCUAGAUCUCAACAACGCGCCGCAGAUCCCGACGGACAGGCGCUUCGAUCUGAGCCUCGCAAACAGGCCCAAGGACAUGUCUGACGAACCCGUCCUGCCUAUCGACCGCCCAAGGCGAGCAGACACAGACGACGAUGACGCACCGCGAUCUGGAAAGUCCUUCGCCGAACUUUUAGAAAAGGUGCCGCACCACAAAUACGCAGUCGCGGCACGCUUGUUCCCCGAUGUUGUCUCGGACCUGGAAGCCGGAACCGAGGGAUUCCCCGGCGCCAUCAUAGACCCUUCCCAGGCCAGCCACCCAGCCUCGUUCCUUACCGCCGACGACAUUGACAACUACCUGUGGGAAGCCGACUGCCGCAUCGCCCAGCGUCGCCAAGACCUCGACGCCCCAGCCUUACCCCAGCUGCCCACACUCGCGCCCAAGGCACUCGCCACGCUGCAGGAGGCCAGCGGCAACAAUGGCACCGUGUCCAACGGCGCCACCACGGGCAGGAAGGGCGAGCGCGGAGGCGAGGGUCGCUCCCGGGGGGCGGCAGCGGCCGCCACGGCCGCCGACGAGGCCAUGUCGGCCGCGAGCCGCGAUUUUGCGCUGCGCAACCCGACCAGCGUCUAUAACUGGCUGCGCAAGCACGCGCCCAAGACGUUCCUGCAGGACGGCGAGACGUCAGCGGACAAGGAGAACGGCGACGAUGACGACCACCACGCCCACAACGGCGGCAGCCACAAAGGCCGCCUGGCCGCGGGCGACAAGGCCGCACUGGGCUCGGCGGCGCGCAGCCGCAAGUCGGUCGGCGGCGCGGCCGAUAGGAGAGCCGCAGCCAAGGGGACCACGACGCCAACGGCCAACAGGAGAUCCUCGGCUGGGGGCGCUAGAGGGACGAAGCGGUCCGCCGCCGCGGCGCGCUCGUCGCUCUCGGCGUCGAUGAUCGCCGCGUCGGACCUGGAGGACGGCGCCAGCGUCGCGACCCACGACGACGACGACGAGACCAUGUCGGCCGACGCCGCCGUCGCGGCGACCCCGACGGCGGGCAAGGGUGCCGCCGGUAAGCGCAAGCGCCCUGCCGACGACGAUUCAGGGUACCGGCCCAAGGGCGGGUCCAGCAGGCCGGCCAAGAAGUCGAAGCGCAAGAGCGAAGGCGGGGACGGCGACGUUACCCCGACAGCCACGGGCCGCGGCGCAAAGUCGCGCAGGAGUCACCUGUCCACCGCCGAGGCGGUUGACGAGCCCGACACGGACGAGGUCGAGUAGGGACGGGUGUCCCCUUGCACUCGGACGGGUUUUUAGAUCUUGCACCCGCCCUCUCUCUUCCUUUGUUUAUUUCUUUCCUUAUUUAACUUGGCCAUGUAACUUGUGAACAAUAUUGCAGCCGUGUAGGAAUAGGUUAGAGCUGCGCUGAGUUGUGUCGGGGUUGGCGAUGGCUUACAAAAACGGGCAAAAGAUUGGGCGCUUGGAGUUGGAGUCGAGGGAGUCUCGGCAGGGAUUGACUGGAUGGAUAGGCCUGCUCCAUUAAUCAACGUUUAGCCAUCCACGCUUUCUGCUGCCUGUAGCGAUUUCUUUUUCCAUGUGCCCUCUACAGGAACAUUCAGCGCUUUUUGUAUCCUAUCGGCCUAGCAGGCAUAUGAAAUGCUUGUAUGUACUACUUUGAUACGUACA